AUGCAUCGAUCGGCGAGCUGGAACAAGGUGGCGGUUGACUACUUCCUUCACCCAUCGCAAAAUGCUGCAGCUGGGAUGAGAAUAUCACCUUUGCCGGAGGAGAAGGAACUGCCGACUUAUGAUCCAAUCGUGGAAAUGGCAAACAAGGAAAAACGUAUCAAGUUUGCUGAGAAUGCUGUGCAUGUUAUUCCUUUCUUGCUGAUGCUUUGUGCAUUUACUUUAUGGUUCUUUUCUAAUCCAGAUGUGGGGGUGGGAGUUAAAACGGAUUCCAUAGCAGCAAGAAUUGAAGGUCACAUCAAAACCAAUAGUCAUGCUACCCAAACAAGGUCUUUACCAAUUGAUUUGGAUGCGCCUAGACGAACCACGGAUCAUAAAAUUGGCAGAAGAUUAACAGAUAUAUCUCGUUGA